GCGGAAGAUGGCUCGUGCCCACCCUGGGGCGGAGCCCAGCUGCUGAGGCCCUUACCAUGGUGAUGAUCCUCAGGAAAAGCCUCGACGACCUGGGCGCCGACUCCGUGGCACGCAGGACCUUCGACUCUGAGCUGCACACGCCAAAGAAGAUGAGUCACGGACCGACACUUUUCUCUUGUGGAGUUAUGGAAAAUGACAGGUGGCGAGACCUGGACAGGAAGUGCCCCCUUCAGGUCGACCAGCCGAGCACCAGCAUCUGGGAGUGCCUGCCGGAGAAGUGCCCCGGCGGCGGCGCCCUGUGGCCCCAGGAGGCCGCGACCACCUGCACGGUGACCAACCUGAUCAAAGACCUCAGCCUCAGCGACCACAACGGAAACCCCUCCGCGCCCCCCAGCAAGCGCCAGUGCCGGUCCCUGUCCUUCUCCGACGAGAUGUCCAGCUGCCGGACGUCGUGGCGGCCCCUGGGCUCCAAGGUCUGGACGCCCGUGGAGAAGAGGCGCUGCUACAGUGGCGGCAGCGUGCCGCGCUACUGCGGCGGCCUCGGCACCAUGCAGCGCAGCUCCAGCUUCAGCCUCCCUUCCCGGGCCGACGCGCUCGCCUCGCCCUGCGACCCGGCGGCGGCGGCGGGGUUCCACCACCGCUUCGGCGGCCAGCCCUGCCCCGUGGCGGCGCCCGGCUCGGCUGCCUGCGCGCAGGCCGGCGACCUCUGGGGCCCGGACCUGAACCCCGUGGGAGGGGCCCGGCUCGACAUGCAGCGCUCCCUCUCCUGCUCGCACGAGCGGUUUUCCUUCCCCGAGUACGGAGGCCCGCCCUCCGCCAGCAGCACCCCGGCCUCCACGCCCGAGCUGGCCAGACGCCCCAGCGGGCUGUCCCGCAGCCGCUCCCAGCCGUGCGUCCUCAACGAGAAGAAGGUCGGCGUCAAAAGGCGGCGCCCCGAGGAGGCGCAGGAGCAGCGGCCUUCCCUGGACCUGGCGAAGAUGGCGCAGAACUGUCAGACCUUCAGCAGCCUCAGCUGCCUGAGCUCCGGGACGGACGACGGCAGCCCGCACGGCCCCUUUGCUCUCCACGUCAGCAGCACCAGGUCCUGGACCGCCUUGCUCUCGGCCUCGGCCCCCGGCCCCGGCGGCAGGACCCCCGCCGGGACCCCAGUCCCCGAGCCUCUCCCCCCGCCCUUGGACGACCACCUCGCCUGCAGGGAGGAGCUGAGCUGUGAGGAGUCAGACGGCGGCGCCCUGGACGAGGGCUUCGGCCGGCGGGGGGAGCCGGCCUCGGCCUGGCGGGACCGCGGGGCUGCCCAGAGCAGCCCCUGCUCCCUGGACGGCGAGCUGGACAUCGAACAGAUAGAGAACAACUGAAGGGGCCGCGGGCCCCCGUCGGGGUGGGGUGCGUGAGGGUCCCCAGCCCCCCUCCGGGCACCCGGUGGUCACUUGAAGGGGGGCGCCCCACUCCUGGGCCUGACAGAAGCUUCCUGGAAGGCGUCGGGUCCCGGGGCGUGAGCCCACCCGCCUCCCGGAGAGGCUGUCCCGCCUGCCGGGGCCCUGGCCGCGCGGCUCGGGGGAGCGGAGCGCCCGGCUCUCACCAGCAUGGCCGCCACAGCCUGUGGGACUGCGGUGGCCGCCAGAGCGGCUGCUAGGGGUGGGUCCGCCUCCCCUUUCUCCUCGUGGGACACUGGCCGGGCCCCCUGAACAGUCUCCCGGCCCUGCUCGGCACGCCGGCCCUGGCUGGGGUUCCCGGCCCCGUGCAGGGGGGCGCGAGCCCCCCCCGGGGCUGCCGGGGCCCUCCCCGCCUCCUGCUCAGGUCCUGUCUGGCGGGGAGUCGGCCCUGCAGGUUCUCUCACUCAGCCUUAUCUGUGCCUUCUCCCCCGGGCCUCCCUGCUGCGCGCUCGGGGAGGUCGGGGGCCGCCUCCCCCUGCAGUAGUAACACCGGAACCGUUCGGCCUUAAUCCCAAGUGUGAGAGAUGGGCCCGGGGUGCCGGGGUGGCCCUCCACGCUGGAACUCUCAGGGCCCAGGGGACAACUUGGGGCGCUCUACGUCAGACACUGGGUGGGUCUGUUGGCUAGACAGACAGACCCACGCACCGCCCCCGUGGGUGGGGAACCCGGCCCCGUGGCUCUCUGCCGCUCUGGGGCUGCUUCGGCAGGGUCGGCGGGUGGCAGCCACUCCCCGUGCCGGCCUGUCACCUGGGGGAUGCGCUUAGCUGAUUCAGGUGAGCGGAGACUUGUGGCCGUAGAAGGGCAACCUCUGGGAAACACCCUCGGGAGGCGGGCGCUGUGAACCGGCGCACAGGCCAGGCCCUGGGCGAGUUCAGGGUUGGCGGGGUCUGCUGGCCAUGCCGGGGGCCGGGUCCCCGCAGGGUUCCAGGUACAUUCUCCUCGGUGGGCGGGGGGCAGGGGAGGGGCAGCCGGCUUUAUCAGGAUGGCCCAUCCACCUCGAGGCAACCCCCCAACCCCCACUACUGGGGGGGCAGAGAGUGUCAGUGCCGCCUCCUUGCCACCUCCCCUGCGCAGGCUCAGAGCGUGAGGUGCGCCCGCCCCCUCCCCAGCUCCUGGCUCCUCCCUCUCAGGCAGCUCCCGUCCAGCCCCACCUGCUGCAGACGCCCCAGGUGGGGGCUGCCCACCUGGAAUCGGGCUUUGAGCAAACCCGGCCUCUCCCACAGGCAGUCCAGUGGCAAUCAGUCAGCUUAGGAGCCACGGGCUUCUUUUCCCAAACGGCUGCGCACGGCGCCGUGCUCUCCGGAGCCGCCCACACGCGACUCGGGCGGUGCGCCAGUCGCUCCGCUUUGCGCCUCUGUUCAUAGCAAAGGCCUCCCUCACUUCUGCAGGUUCACGCCGCCCCUCUUCUCCCUAAAGGGGGACUCUCGUGGGAAGCUUUACUGCAACCUUCGCUUUUUCAUACCGGAGGCGGUGGCUCAGGUUCCGGAGCACCGGUGGCUUUUCCUGCAAACCAGCUGUUAGAGGCUCGCAGGGAGCCCCAUCAGUGGCCUGGGAGAUGGCGUGGAAGCCUCUGGUUGGGGAGCACGGGGUGCGUGCAGGGCCGGGGGCGCCCACCAGCUUCACUGCCCGAGUGGCUCUCACCCAAGGCACAGCCCCUCCGGACCGCAGAGCGCCACACCAGAGGGCUGGGGGCUCCGGGCAGACGAGGGCAUCUCGGCUGACCCCCGCCUGGCGGGUUGUGGGGGCUGCAGCGUCUUAGCAGAAACCCAGAGGCGGGGGGCGGGUGAGUUUGGAGAGCACUGCUGCCUCCCUGAGUCCCCAGGAGGCCUGGGGUGGGGGUGCUGGCGUUGGGCCCACACCGAGAAGAGUGACCACAGAGGGACCACAGCCUCUAAGCAUCUCCUCCUGUGGAAGGAGUGGCAGGGCCCCACCCCCUCACCCACUCCGCAGGUGACCCCAGUGAGGGCCUGGGUGGCAGCCCCCAGCUGCCUUUCCUUGGGGGACAGGGAGGGAGGCACAUGGCGGUGGGUGUCACGGGGCUGUGGUGCAGGUGACCUCCCUGUGGACCAGCGGUCCAGCCCCGGGGCACUUCCAGGCAGGGGGGACCCCAGCCUGAGGCGGGGUUGGGCCUUUUGCAGCCCCUCUGGCCCCUCCGGGCUGUGCCUGCCACGCUCCUGUCCCAGGCCCGAGCCCACAGCGGCUGCACCGAGGGCAGAGCACGGCCCGUGUCCCUUCUGCUCAGGGAAGGGUGUGGCCUUCGGUUGGUUCCCUACCUGUCCUUCGGUUGCAGAGAGCAGACGUCAUCUGGAAGGCCCUGCCCCACUGCCCAGGGGGGCCUUUUCUGGUCUGGGGGCUCCCUCGGACCCUGUGUGGCUGCCCCCAAGGGCAGCGGGCAGACCGGCCGCUCGCCCUGCAGGAGCCUCACUCUCGUCCGCGUCCUGCCUCUUGCAUCUGAUGCCCAUGAACUCCCGCCUCUGGGGGGUGCGAGGAAGUCGGAGCAGGAGCCAGGGCUGUGCCUACCCUGGGGGUCCCGGGGGACGGGGCUGGGGUCGUGGCUCCUGGGGAGCUGGGUGGGGAGGAGAGGCUUGCUGUCACAUGGCAUCCCCACUCGUCCCCGAGGAGCGCCCUCCAAGGCCGCUGGGCUCCCAGGGGCUGCCGCCUGCCUGCGGGGGCUGGGCAGGCUGCGGGCUCCAGCCCCCCACCCCGUUUACAUUGCCGCAAACCCUCUUGCCUUACUCUCAGUGGCCGGGCCCCGGGCCCACAGGCACACGUGACAUGCAGGCCACGGGGGACCCUGUUCUGACCAUACCUACGGAUUUUCAUUCUCAGAAAGCCUUACUUUUCCACACAGUUUUUGUAGCAGGAAAGUUUUGUGAAUUUGUAUGCUGAAAGAAAAUUUCAAUAAAGCAAAAGCCCACAUGAUAAAAACAAAACCAAACGUCCACAUGAGUCUCCCCGUGCCGGGGGGAGGGGUGUGGGGUUCCCACACCCCAGCAUUCAGGGCACUGACCAUCUGAGCAGCUUCCACGGCAUUGAACCCCCCGUCCCCCGGGGGGGCCUGCCACAGCUCGGGCUUGCUCCCCACGUGCCGCACCUCCAUGUCCGCUGGUGAGGCUGGAGCCAUGCCCUUGGCCUUGGGCCACCUGCCUAAGUUGUGACCACUCCAGGCUCUGCGACUGGGCGGGGCCAGUGCCCCCCCCCCCCAGCAGCCGCUCUGUUCCCCCAUAAGCAAUGGGCCGCCUCCCGCCACAGCCGCACAGUCGGUCAAGCGCCGCCUGUUGGUGCCGGCCCCAGAAAACCACGCCUCUUUGAAGAGAAAGAAAAGGGAUGAGAAGUGAAGUCCCCGACUGCAGCGGAGAUCUUGUAGCGUAGGUAGGGUAGUGGGACCUCCUAGCAUAGUCUCGUUGGCCAGUCAACGGUGUGCGGAGUGUGUGGGGGGAUGUCCCGGUGCUAGGUGACAGCGCUGGGCUGUUUGGGGGCCACGGUGGGCUCUCCUGAAACAGGACGUCCUUCGGGAAGGGUGGUGGCCAGGGCACGUGGGGUCAGGCCGGGCCCCACCCCGGGCAGAGCGACCUGUGGGCCCGAGGCGCCGGGCCUGCCGCCCACCGCGGCCCGCCCUCCGCGCAGGCCGAGCCGUCUCGCGCCAGAGCUGCUCUAGUCUCAGGAAUUCGCUUGUUACUUUUACUGUGUAAAUAAAGCUUCCUGGUUCAAUGUC